AUGGCUGAUAACGUUCCCGCCUCGGCUCCCUCGAACAUCCCUCAGGCUUCGCCUGCUGCCGCCGGACAGCAUUACGAUGGCUCUCAGGGUAACGGGCCAGCGAAUCCUUCCCACAUGCCUCCUCCUCCCCGCCCGCCCGUGAUCAUUCCUCAGAACACCAACCCGAUCCCGACUGCCAUCACCUCUCCGAUGUCCGGGAACAUGAUGUCUCCGACCAGCGCGGGCGGGUUCGUGCGCCGGGCGGCCCCUGAGCCCAACAAGAGAGCUCUCUACGUCGGUGGUCUGGAUCCCCGGGUGACGGAGGAUAUCCUGAAACAAAUCUUCGAAACCACGGGCCAUGUCAGCAGUGUGAAGAUCAUCCCCGACAAGAACAAAUUCAACAGCAAAGGUUACAACUACGGCUUCAUCGAAUUCGACGACCCGGGUGCCGCCGAACGAGCGAUGCAGACCCUCAAUGGUCGUCGCAUCCAUCAAUCGGAAAUCCGCGUCAACUGGGCCUACCAGUCCAACAGCACCAACAAAGAAGACACCUCGAAUCACUUCCACAUCUUCGUUGGCGACCUGAGCAACGAAGUCAACGACGAGAUCUUGCAACAGGCGUUCAAUGCGUUCGGCUCGGUGUCCGAGGCCCGGGUUAUGUGGGACAUGAAGACCGGCCGUUCUCGUGGCUACGGGUUUGUUGCUUUCCGCGACCGCAAUGAGGCCGACAAGGCCCUGACCUCGAUGGACGGGGAAUGGCUCGGCUCCCGCGCUAUUCGGUGCAACUGGGCCAACCAGAAGGGACAACCUUCCAUCUCGCAGCAGCAGGCCAUGGCCGCAAUGGGCAUGACCCCAACCACGCCGUUCGGCCACCACCACUUCCCUACGCAUGGCAUCCAGAGCUACGACAUGGUGGUCCAGCAGACCCCGCAGUGGCAGACCACGUGCUAUGUGGGUAACUUGACCCCGUACACCACCCAGAACGACCUGGUUCCCCUGUUCCAGAACUUUGGCUACGUCGUGGAGACUCGUCUCCAGGCCGACCGUGGUUUUGCCUUCAUCAAGAUGGACACGCAUGAGAACGCGGCCAUGGCCAUUUGCCAAUUGAACGGAUACAACGUCAACGGACGACCCCUGAAGUGCAGCUGGGGCAAGGAUCGCCCUCCCACCGGUCAAUUUGAUAACUUUUCUGCUCCCCAGGGUAACUCCCCUUUUAACUCCAACCCUACCCCAUUCUUCCCUCCGUACCCUGGUCCAGGAGGACCGAUGGCUCCUCAAGGACCAAACCCGGCUGGUAGAGGUUGGGAUCAAUCGGGAAUGGCUGGCCAGGGGUAUGGUCAAGUUCCUGCAAAUGCUGGCUUCGGCCGCGGACAAGCCGCACCCAAUGCCGGCUGGGCUCAACCCAACAACGCCAACUUCGGAAAUGGCUUUGGAGGCUACCAGUCGUAG